GAUGGCGCUGGGCGGUGGCGGGGAAGGCGCGGCGGGGCGCGGGCGGCGGCGGCGGGCGGCGUGACCCCGCCGGGGGGCGGCCGCGCUGUAUGGGGCCGGGGGCCGGCCGGCAUGGAGGGGGUGCUGUACAAGUGGACGAACUACCUGAGCGGCUGGCAACCUCGAUGGUUUCUCCUCUGUGGUGGCAUCCUGUCCUAUUAUGACUCUCAGGAAGAUGCCUGGAAGGGUUGUAAGGGAAGCAUCCAAAUGGCCGUUUGUGAAAUUCAAGUUCAUCCUGCAGAUAACACACGAAUGGACCUGAUUAUCCCAGGGGAACAAUACUUCUAUCUGAAGGCAAGAAAUGCAGUUGAAAGGCAAAAAUGGCUGGUUGCACUAGGAACUGCCAAAGCCUGUCUGACUGACAGCAGGACACAGAAGGAAAAAGAGUUCACUGAAAACACAGAAGCCUUGAAGACUAAAAUGUCUGAACUUAGACUGUACUGUAACCUCCUUGUUCAGCAAGUGCAUAAAACGAAGGAAGCAAGCAUUUCUGGUGUAUCAGAACCAGAGAAUGAGAUUGAUAUGGGAGCUCUGUUAAAAUCAACCUGUGACACCUUCCUGAAGACUCUUGAAGAAUGUAUGCAGAUUGCAAAUACUGCCUUCACUUCUGAGUUACUGCAUCAGACCCCACCUGGAUCCCCAAAUUUAGCAGUUCUCAGAACAAGCAAGGUAAAGCACUCUGUCUUGUCCAGUCACACCUCAACAGAAAGGCAGAUGGAAUUGAACCCCUGUGAAAAUGGCUGUGUGAAAGCAGAAAUUAACCAUCAAGAGCAAACGCUUAUUAAAAGUCUGGAAUGUUUAAACUUGGAAACAAGUGAGGGGAACAGUGAUGUUUCUGUUGAAGAUCACAUAGCAGAGGAUUUGUCAGGCAUUAAAGAAGAUGGAGAAGACAAGCUGCAAGCUGUAGAAAGCUGUGCUGCCCACAAGUUGUUGCAGUCAGAAACAAAUUCUUUAAGUAGAUUGACUCCGUGUGAGGAAGACAGAAAUGAAAAUGAUUCUCCAACCUUCUUCAGUGUCAUGAGCAAUAGGUUCAGUGAUAUUGAACUUCGGGAGGAGGAGGGCAUACCCACAGAGGAGUUUCUGGAAUCAUGUUAUGCAAUUGUGCCUGUUCUGGACAAGCUGGGACCAACUGUUUUUGCUCCUGUUAAAAUGGAUUUUGUAGGCAACAUCAAGAAAAUAAACCAGAAAUUUAUUACCAACAAAGAAGAGUUUGAUACCCUUCAGAAGAUCGUGCUCCAUGAAGUGAACGCAGGGGUAGCACAAGUUAGAAACUCUGCUACAGAGGCUCUCCUGUGGCUGAAAAGAGGCUUAAAGUUCUUGAAAGGGUUUUUGACAGAAGUGAAGAAUGGGGAAAAGAAUAUCCAAACAGCUCUGAACAAUGCUUAUGGAAAGACAUUACGGCAGCACCAUGGUUGGGUUGUCCGAGGGGUCUUCGCGUUGGCUUUAAGGGCAGCUCCAACAUAUGAAGAUUUUGUGGCAGCUCUGUCUGUAGAGGAGUGUGAUCCUCAGGAAGAAACAUUUUACAAAGGAAUGCAGAGGGACCUCAACAUUUACUUACCAGCCAUGGAAAAGCAGCUAAAUAUCUUGGACACUCUCUAUGAAGUACAUGGUUUGGAAUCAGAUGAGGUGGUAUGACUACAGCAAGACCACAUCUUAAAAAUUCAGGGACUGUGUCUGUUAACAAAGAUUUCUUCCAUUUUGGUUUUUUUUGGACAUCAUUUCUGUUCAUUGUAUCUUUUCCGAUGGGAAGGGUGUUGUGAUUGUUUUGGGGGAAGAUUGUGUGAUUUUUAAUUUUUUUGUUAUGCUUGUUUUGCAUUUAGAUGCAGAGGUACUGUUUCUCUUUGGGUCAUAACUGUGUCUGUGAUGAAUGUUUUUGACUGUUUCUCUUCUACCUGUGCACUUCCUCUUCUCUUCACCUCAUAAAAGUAACAGAGCAGAAUUUGGCCUUUGCUCCUGUACCUUAGGAGAGACCUGCAUGUGCAGCAGAGCUGUUGUGUGCUGUCAGCACAGCACCCAGGCAGGCACUGCUGGCUCUUCCUCUCCCACUCCCUGUGCCCGCUCCCUGCCAUGGUGUAGGAGGGCAGGGGUACUGAGCGUUAUUGUUACCGUGGUAGCAGAAGAGAAGGGCAGCUGAACACCAGCUUCCAAUGCAGUGAGUUAGUCCCUCAAUUUGGGUUGAGGCUUUUUAAUGCAAAUACUUAAAUAUUUGCAUUAAAUAAAUAUUUAUUAAGGUAAAUAAAUAUUUUAAUCCAAAUGUUACAGACAUCUUCACCACAGAUGUGUGUGACUGGUUGUUUGAGCAGCCCCAGAAACCAGCCUUUGAAACAGGGUGUUGUGUUCCCUGACCAGCUCCCAGUGUGUGCCAUGGUUUCCCUGUCAGCUCCUACCAGUGGACUACAAGAAAUUUGCUGCCACAGACUGACAGAGCCCAGCUAAUUUCAAGAGUGCUUUACAUAAGCAUUUGAAGAUCAUGUCUAUCAUCCUGGCUUAUUAAGGUUUUGGUGGGAUUUUCUGUUUUGGGUUUUAGGGGUUUCUUAAAUCAAAAUCACACAAAACCAGAAUAUUUGCUUUUAAAUUGAAUACAGCUAGCAGUUUAAAAAGCAGAUAUCAUUAGAAUCCUACCUGGGCUGUCAGUAUGGGCAGAAACUUCAUGAAAGUGGAUGUGAAAUGAAGAAAGUGUAGGGAAGCUAGAAUUUGUGAUGGAGCUAUUAUUACACAUUGGCCCAAUUACAAAUCUUGACUUUUGUAAUUAUUUAGAAGUGACUGAAAAUUAAGAAAGUAGGGUUUCCCCUUUUUCCCAUUUUGCUGAUAUAGAUAAAAAUGUGCUCCUUAGCAUUGCUGCUAUUAAGAAUAAUAAAGAAGUCCUUUUAGCUAGUGAUAUGGUUAAGGACUGUGCUAAUGAGGUACUUAGAAUUAGUAAGUCUUCGUAAAUACAGAAGUCA